GCUUUCCUGUAGACCGACAUUUUCUCUGACACAAGCGUAGAAAAAGUUUUCAUCAACAGCCGCCAUAUUAACUUUUCGGGUCUCAGUAAAAUUCGUGAAAUUUGUAAUCGUCUGUAGAGCGAUUAAAUGUACAUAAUAUUGGGGAAAAGUUUGUGAAGAACGAGGAGUGCAAAGGGACCAGGAGGACCUGGUGGCCGGAUCCGUGGGAGCCGUGGCGUUGGGGUGAAAAAUCCAAGUGCAGCAGAGAUCCACUAUUUGUCGUCGAUGGCCCAAACACAAUGGCCAAUGCCAAGUAAAUGGUGGAAGCAGUGGAGGCUCGAGUGUUGAGAAAUUUCUGGCGGACCAGAGACUGCACUGAGGCGCCCAGCAGCCACUUCCCAGGCGCGCUCCCACCAUUUCGGGGGCCAUUUUCACGUCCCGUCGCGCAAAAAUCGCCUCCGCUGUGCCCUCGCGUGUCUCCCCGUCGCCCUGCCGCUGGCCACUACUGUCGCAACUCUCUGGGGCGCCGCGAGACUCGCCCCCCUCCGGAAGCGAUGUGUUGAGGUGAGACGGGCAGCAGCAACCGAAGGAGAGCGCCCCAUCGCAUCUUGCAAAUAUGCACGGCAGGCGCCCCAAAUCUCAGCAGAUGCCAGCGCGUCUGGACGAUCCGUGCAGGUUGGAUGCCACCACGGGCAGGAGCCCCGCUGAGCCACCUCUCUCGGAUGCCAGGAGGACUGGCCGGAACUGAUUCUGCCAGUGUGCAUUCGCAUUGAGACCCACGGACGAUCGUUUCUCGAGACGCGCGCGCCAGGAGAAUCAAAACAUCCAUUGGACUAAUUUAGCGAGAAAAGCAGUGUUGAAGGGAGGACUUUGAAGAGGAACUUUUGUGCUAAGAAAUUCGUGGUGAAAAGGACUAAUAACCAGUGAGGAAGAGAGAGAGAGAGGACAUUUAGUGUGUUUUGACAGAAGGACAAGUGUGCAAAGUGUGCAGUGAAAUAGGAUGGCUGAUCACUUGGAUGAGGGGCCGCCACAGAAGCGGUCCAAGCAUUCCUAUCAGCAGGGCCCAUCGGACUCCGAAUUGAUAUCGCGCAGCGAUAUAUACAACUUGGAAGAUCACCUGCCCGAUGAGCUCGUGUCCAGUGGCACGAACUGGGGUGAUCAGAUGGCGAGCAACAAGCCGCCGGCCCAAGGCCCGGGCCCCGGUGGGCCGCCGCAGAUGAACGGCGAGGAUUCUGGCGUGGUGCCGCCGAGCGCCAACAUCGCCAUGCAGAGACUCCACCAGCAGCAAUUGACGCAUCUCAUGCAACAGGGAAAGCAGAACAUGAUCGGCGGCGUGGCGGCCAUCGGAAUUGGGCCGCUGGGCAGCAAGAGUCCCAAUCUGCAGUCACCGCCCAACGCACAGGCGAGCAUGUCCAACAAUUUGGGUGUCGGCACGAUGGGCAACUCCAUGGUGAUGUCCAUUGCGAGCAAUGGCGCUCCGCAGCCCAUGAGUUCGCUUCAAGCAAUGAACAGUGUUUCGCAGGGCAGCGCUGGUGGCAUGAUUAUGUCGAACAGUCUUUCCGGACUCGGUGGCAACGGCGGCAUGUCUGGUGGCGGAUUGGUGGUGAACAAUUUGAAGCAGCAGCAGGCGCUCGGGGCCGCCGGUGGCAUGCUCGGCGGUCCAAUGGGUGGUGGCGGUGGCCAGGGCCAGGCCAUCCACCAUCCCGGGCAUCCGGGCAUGCAGAAUGGGCCCCUCAUGCCGGGUCGCGUGGUGGCCAUGCAGCAACCGAACCCGCAGGGCCACAUGACUGGACCCCGAGGGCCUCAUCUCAUUGGGCCUCGCAUGCAGACGCCCAACAUGGCACUAGGGAACAACAUCAGCAACAUGCAAGGUCCUGGCGGACCCUAUAGCUAUGGCGGCGGGCCUAAUCAGCAGAGUGUGAAUGUGGUGAACCCUCAAGGUGGCGUGAAUGCCACGACGGGUGUUGUUGCACCUCAGCAGCGCGGUGUACCGAAUAUGGCAGCAAUGCCAGGCAAUCGAUUACCAAUGGGACCCAAUAUCACGGGCAACAAUGAGGGUGGCAUUGCCGGACAGGCGCAACCCCCGGCGCCGUCGCCGGCACAGCCACAAUCUGGUGCCCCCGCGGGUAGUCAGCCGAGACCUCAGAGUGCGACGCAGACACAGAAUGCGACGAAUAUGUCUGCGGCGCCACAGAGUAGCUCGAUGGCGGAUCCGGAGAAGCGGAAAUUAAUACAACAGCAACUAGUGUUGCUGCUGCAUGCGCACAAGUGUGCACGUCGUGAGACGGAGAAUCCCAACAAUCCCAAUCCGUGCACACUCACGCACUGCAAGACGAUGAAGGAGGUGUUAGCGCACAUGACAGGCUGUAAAUUGAAUAAGGACUGCACUGUGGCUCAUUGCUCAUCAUCAAGACAGAUCAUCACACAUUGGCGUAAUUGCCAGCGAGCCGACUGUCCGGUGUGCUUGCCGCUGAAGCAGGCGGAUCGCUAUCGCAACAAUACCAAUGCCCAGCAAGGUGGUCCUGGUGCUCCUGGGCCAGUGGCUGGCGGCGGUCCUGGACCGACAGGUCCCGGUGCCGGCGGGCCUGGCCCGGGGUGCAAUUAA